AUGAACGCUGUCGACGCAUCCGACCACUUCGACAAACCCUCCCACGAACAAUCCCCUGCUCUACUGACCAUCAUUCUCGACACAAACCCGGCCGCCUGGUCACUGCUGUCUUCGACCCUCCCCUUCUCCUCCGCCAUCGCCAACCUUCUGGUCUUCCUCAAUGCGCACCUUGCUGCCAACUACGCCAACAAGGUCGCGGUGAUUGCCUCCCACUGCGACAAGGCAACAUGGCUGUAUCCCAGUCCCACCGAUCAGAAACCGCCUCCACCUUCAUCAGAUCGCAAUAAGCGUAGCGACCUGUCCGAGUCUGCGAAACGGUUGAGGCUCAGCAACCAGAAUGGCCUCACCACAGUCGACCUUGACAUCAAACCUGAUCCUGAUUCUGCGUCAGCGGAGGCGGAAACCGGUAACAAGUACCGGCCCUUCCGGCUCGUGGAAGAAGAACUCCUGCGCAACCUGACGAGGCUGCUAUCCAGCACCACCGCCGAAGCGGUGUCGAGGAGCCCGACCACCAUGAUCGCCGGCGCGCUGACUUUGGCACUGAGCAACAUCAACCGCGAAGCCAUUGCUCACGCGGAAUCGCUGAUCGGCGUCGCCACGGCGAGUACUGCCGCCGCCGACCCUAGCACCGCGGCCGUCUCGUCUGCUACCGAAGCAACUAGCAACAGCAACUCCUUACAGUCACGCAUUCUCCUGGUCUCCGUCUCGCCCUCGACCGACCUCGCGCAUCAGUACAUUCCAAUCAUGAACGCCAUCUUCGCGUGCCAGAGACUAUCCAUCCCGAUUGAUGUUCUACAACUUCCUCUUCCCUCACUCACAACCCAGCCACAACAACAGCAGCCCAACAAACCCUCCACCAACACAGCAGCUGCAACAGCAUCGUCAUCGCCAUCGCCGUCACAGCCCUCGUCGUCAAACUCGACCGUGUUCCUCCAACAAGCCGCCGACGCCACCCACGGUAUAUUCAUCGCCGCCCAGCUGCCGUCUGCCUCUGCCUCUUCGUCAUCAUCGUCCUCUACAACAACGCAAGCAUCACAAGCGUUUUUGGCCUAUCUGUUGGCCUCCUUGCUCCCGCCACCCUCCACCCGUUCCGCACAUCUGAUUCUCCCCACCCGCAUUGACGUGGACUUCCGCGCUGCCUGCUUCUGCCAUCGCAACGUCGUCAGCAUCGGCUUUGUGUGCAGCAUCUGUCUGAGCAUCUUCUGCUCCGUGCCGGAGAAUGGCGAUUGUCUGACAUGCGGCACCCAUUUGUCGGUCGGGCGAUACGGGGCCAGGCCCGUCGUCGUGGCAAGGAAAUCCAAAAAGAAACAUCACACUGCGUCUGGUGGGAAGGCGACAGGACAGAACCACACAGCUUAG